UCCAUAAAUAGCUUGCAUGUAAUCAAUCAAAACUGUCUAUGUACUUCUGAACCAAACUCUUCCAGCCUCAGCUUCCCUUCUCUCAUUUUGUUGUUUUUAAUUUCCCUACAAAACUAAAUCCUCAGGUUGAGUGUGCAGCCAACAACAUUCUGCUCACCUACCUCUUAAAACCCCCCUUUUCCUCUUCUCAGUGUGACUUGUCGGUCUCUCUUUCUCUCUAUUUCUCUGCCUGAACGUUUCAAACUUUGCUAGUACCCAGAUACGUUUUCUUCCCAAUAUUUAAUACACCCACACACAGAAAACUCUCUGAUACACUAAUUCCUGGUGGGGGCCCAUCAUCAUUGUUGUUUCACCUUGACAAUGUGCUACUGGGUUUCAUUCAACAAACCUCACACCAACCACACCUUCUUAUAUAAGCUUGGGUUUACCUCAAAGGUUUGAGCGUUGUUGUGUUUAGCUUGGGUUUGCCUCAAAGUUUUGACCUUUGGUGAGUUUUGGGGUGGGGAUAUUGGUGAUGGCUGUGAAGAGUGUCCCUAUCUGGGGUUGUUCUCAAAUCUCAUUUUCCAAUCAGGGUGUGUCAAAUUUGAGGUAUAAUUGUUCUGGGGUGUGUUUGAGUUUGAGAAAAUGGGAAUGUAGCUGCUUGGGGGUAUCUUUGGCUCAGAAAGCUCUCACCCCUGUUGAGGAUGAGAAGCCUAACAUUCCAGGGAUGGAAUCUGCAGCUGUAAUUCAAAGGGUGGAGGAUAUAGAGGCCAGGGGCUUCCACAAGGAUAUGAACCUUCUGCCUAAACCAUUGACAGCAGCUGAUAUUUCUCAUUCGGAAAAUGAUGGUACGAAAGUUAGAGUCGCUUAUCAGGGAUUACCUGGGGCAUAUAGUGAGGCUGCUGCUCUAAAAGCUUAUCCGAAGUGUGAAACUGUUCCAUGUGACCAGUUUGAAGCUGCAUUUAAGGCCGUUGAACUGUGGUUAGUGGAUAAAGCAGUUCUUCCAAUUGAGAAUUCUGUUGGCGGAAGUAUCCACCGUAAUUAUGAUCUGCUUCUUCGACAUAGAUUGCACAUAGUUGGAGAGGUACAACUUCUAGUGAACCAUUGCCUCUUGGGAUUGCCCGGUGUAGAAAAAGAGGAACUAAAACGAGUAUUAAGCCAUCCUCAGGCUCUUGCUCAAUGUGAGAUGACACUAAGCAGCUUAGGUAUCAUCAGGGUCAAUGCCGACGACUCUGCUCUCGCUGCACAGAUGGUGGCCUCAAAUGGUGUAAGAGAUACUGGUGCUAUUGCAAGUGCUCGAGCUGCAGAAAUCUAUGGGCUUCAGAUUCUAUCAAAUAAAAUACAAGAUGAUGAUGAUAAUAUUACUCGCUUUCUGAUACUUGCAAGAGAACCAAUUAUCCCCGGAACUGAGCGGCAAUACAAGACAAGUGUUGUUUUCACUCUAGAAGAAGGUCCUGGUGUACUAUUUAAAGCCUUGGCAGUGUUUGCACUUAGGGGCAUUAAUUUGACAAAGAUUGAAAGUCGCCCCCAGAAACAACGUCCACUGAGGGUUGUUGAUGAUUCUAAUGAAGGAAGUGCUAAGUACUUUGAUUACCUCUUUUACAUCGACUUUGAAGCUUCUAUGGCAGAUCCGCGUGCACAAUAUGCUUUGGGACAUUUGCAGGAGUUUGCAAGGUUUCUUCGUGUUCUUGGCUGCUAUCCGAUGGACAAAAUUCCAUAGAAAUGCCAGAUAUCAACUAAAUCUUCAAUGUACAUAUCUGUUGCUGUUCUUCAUGAGGCCGAGUGAGGGAGAUUCCAAUGAUGAUAAAAUCCUGAAUUAGAAACUUCCUUUCAAAGCUUCAUUUCUUCUCCCCAUCAUUCUUUCUAUCCUCCGAGUGGGGGUGUACUGUUUGUGGAACUACAGAGGAAACAGGCUUUGGGUGUACUUCUUUAGAAGAUGUACAUACUGAAGCUUGCAAGUUUUAGUUUAAAGAAACUACAGAAGGCAGAUGUUUUAAUGGUUUUCUAUAUAAGUUGAACUUCUAAAAA